AUGGUCGGCACUGCGACAUCUCCAGCGAAAGCUUUGUAUCCCAAGGGCAAGCCUACGCUACAUGUCGAGUGCUGUACCAAACAACCGGAGUCUUUGCCUCCAACACUGGCAGAUCGAGUUGAAAAAUGGCUCAGAAACCAGUAUGCCACAGUCAAGUUAAAGCAGACCUUUCCAUGUCUCGAUGGGUUCCUCGACCCUCCCGGCAUCCAUUUCAUCACUGUUGCAGACCUCACUUCUAGUACAGAUGUCGAGUCAAAUACCUGUAUUCGUCUUCCACAUGUAGAUAUCACCGUUGACGUCUUCGAGCUCCACGGCGACGAAGAGCAAAUCGAGCCUUCCGAGGCCACACUUACCCGGAUCGCUCCAAACGCCAAUGAUGACAUUCAGGGGCCGCAAGCCACAAUCACGAGUCUUCCAAAUAGGAACUUCCAUGGUCUUUGGGAUUCGUUGAUUUUCGAAGAUUUCAUUCAAUCUCGACUCCUCAAAUUCAUCAUCCGCAUGAGUCAGUGUUUUCGCUUUGUCUCUUAA